UCAACAGCCCAGAUCAGCCAGACAUAUUUUCUUCAUGUAUAGCGAAAUGGGAGGUGCAUGGAAAUUCUAUGAUGCGAUAUGCAUAUUAUCGUUUUGCUUUUAAAUUUUAAUUAUCGUUCGGUAGCAUCCCACUCACUUCUCCGCCACUAACAUCAGUCACCAAACCAGAGAAAUCUGACGCUUUUCGCCUGACGUCAGAUUCCGUCGUGGUUUCCGCCGCUCCAAAGCCUCCAUAUUUUGGGUUUUUUUUUUAUGCCAACUUACCCUCCAAAACCCUAAUUCUUCUCUGCUUGAGUAAGGGGAUUCGAUUUGCCUUCAACCGAAUCUCCGGCCAUGGCGUCGUCGAUCGGAGCGGCGAAUACGGCCGUUCUGAAGGAUCCUAUGCUCCAGAUCCAAGGAUUUCAAGGGCUGAGAUCUUCCGGUCUGCUUCCGUCGGGGCGAUCCCUCAACACCUUGCCGGUCCGUCCGUCGAGUUCUUCGGUCGUGAGCGCUGUCUCUACCCCCGCAAAGCCAGAAACUUCUCUACCAAAGCGUAGCAAGGUUGAAAUAUUCAAGGAGCAAAGCAACUUCUUGAGAUACCCUCUGAAUGAGGAGUUGCAGACUGAAGCCCCUAACAUAAACGAGGCUGCCACACAAUUGAUCAAGUUUCAUGGUAGCUAUCAACAGGCUAACAGGGAUGACCGUGGUCCUGGUGGAAAGUCUUAUCAGUUUAUGCUCCGGACGAAGAACCCAUGCGGUAAAGUUCCGAACAAGUUAUACCUGGCCAUGGAUGACCUUGCCGAUGAGUUUGGAAUUGGUACCCUUCGUUUGACGACCAGACAGACAUUCCAGCUACAUGGCAUUCUAAAGAAGAACCUCAAGACUGUUAUGAGCACUAUCAUCAGGAACAUGGGAUCAACCCUUGGUGCUUGUGGGGAUCUGAACAGGAACGUUCUCGCUCCUGCAGCACCCUUUAUGAGAAAGGACUACUUGUUUGCUCAGGAGACCGCUGACAAUAUUGCUUCGCUGCUAACUCCUCAGUCAGGCGCUUAUUACGACUUGUGGGUUGAUGGAGAAAAGAUCAUGUCAGCAGAGCCUCUUGAAGUUGUGAAGGCUCGUAAUGACAACACCCAUGGGACGAACUUUCCCAACUCUCCAGAGCCCAUUUAUGGCACACAGUUCUUGCCUCGGAAGUUCAAGAUUGCGGUUACCGUUCCGACUGAUAACUCGGUGGAUAUUCUCACAAAUGACAUUGGUGUUGUAGUAGUUUCUGAUGCUGAUGGGGAGCCUCAUGGCUUUAAUAUUUAUGUUGGAGGUGGCAUGGGAAGAACGCAUAGGAUUGAGACUACUUUCCCUCGCCUGGGUGAGCCUCUGGGUUAUGUGCCAAAAGAGGAUAUAUUUUAUGCUGUGAAAGCAAUUGUUGUUACACAGCGAGAGAAUGGGAGACGGGAUGACCGGAAAUAUAGUAGAAUGAAGUACUUGAUCAAUGAAUGGGGAAUCGAGAAGUUCAGGAGUGUUGUCGAAAAGUACUACGGGAAGAAGUUUGAGCCCUUCCAUGAGUUACCAGAGUGGGAAUUCAAGAGCUAUCUGGGAUGGCAUGAACAGGGUAAUGGUGUGAUGUUUUGUGGGCUCCACGUUGAUAAUGGCCGUAUCGGAGGGACAAUGAAGAAGACGUUAAGGGAGAUAAUUGAGAAGUAUAAUCUGAAUGUGCGCCUUACGCCAAACCAGAAUAUUAUCUUGUGUGACAUUCGCCGUUCAUGGAGGCGGCCCAUCACCACGGCUCUCGCACAGGCUGGUUUGCUGCAUCCUAAGUACGUGGAUCCCCUCAACUUGACUGCAAUGGCAUGCCCUGCACUACCACUUUGUCCACUGGCAAUAACCGAAGCUGAGCGGGGGAUACCUGACAUUCUCAAGCGAGUUCGAGCUGUAUUCGAUAAGGUCGGUCUCAAGUUUAACGAGUCAGUGGUAAUAAGGGUAACCGGAUGCCCCAAUGGUUGUGCCAGGCCCUACGUGGCUGAGCUCGGACUGGUUGGUGAUGGACCCAACAGUUACCAGAUCUGGCUUGGAGGAACUCCCAACCAGACCACUCUAGCCAAAUGCUUCAUGAACAAGGUGAAGGUACAGGAUCUAGAGAAGGUCCUGGAGCCAUUGUUUUAUAACUGGAGACGUAAACGACAACAGGGAGAAUCAUUCGGCGACUUCACAACCCGUAUGGGCUUUGGCAAACUGCAAGAGAUAGUCGACAAGUGGGAAGGUCCAGUGAUCGCACCAUCACGGUUUAAUCUGAAGCUUUUCACUGACAAGGAGACGUAUGAAGCCAUGGAUGAGCUCGCAAGUCUGCAGAACAAGACUGCUCACCAGCUGGCCAUGGAAGUGAUCCGCAAUUUUGUCGUGGCCCAACAAAAUGGCAAGGGUGAAUAAUCUCGCACCAUGGAAACACAGAUUGGCAUAUCCUUUUGUUUGUGUCAGGACCAUGGAAGAGUUUUUUUCUUUUUUUCUUUUUCCUUUUUAAUUUUGGUCAGAAGAUGAUACUUUGGUUGGAUAUAUACAUAAACACGGAUUGAUUUUUUCUUA